AUGCAUAAAAUUGUCUUCGAAGAGGAUUGCAUGAAUUCAGUGGAACCACAGAGGAGGUUAAACCCAGCAAUUGAAGAAGUCAUGAAGAAGGAGAUAAUCAAGUGGCUGGAUGGUGGGAUCAUAUACCCAAUUUCUGACGGUGAAUGGGUUAGCCUGGUACAAUAUGUCCCGAAGAAAGGAGGAAUGACAGUGAUAGAAAAUGCUAAAAAUGAGUUCAUUCCUACUAGAACAGUUACGGGUUGGAGGAUAUGCAUGGACUACAGGAAGCUUAAUAAAGCUACAAAAAAGGACGAUUUCCUCAAAAAGGAUCAUUUCCCCUUACCCUUCAUCGAUCAAAUGUUUGAUAGAUUGGUUGGGCAUGAAUAUUACUGCUUUCUUGAUGAAUACAGUGCGAGUGCUGCAACAGUGCGAAGAGACCAACCUAGUCCUCAAUUGAGAAAAAUGUCAUUUCAUGGUUCAAGAGGCCAUCGUGUUGGGGCACUAGGUCUCCAAGAAAGGCUUGGAAGUGGAUAG